CUUUACUACUUUUUCACAUUUCAACCUCACUAAACAUAUUUUUUCUCCAAUAAGCUGGCAUCUCUAGUAUUAUUUGGUAUUGUAUAUUUCUGGCAUCUCGUGGCUGACUUGUUGCUCAUAUUUACCGCUAUGUAUUCUGGUAGUAAGUAAAAAGUGGGGAAUCCCCUAUUUGAUUUUGACGCUUUAAGAGAAAUGUUAUUUUAAAGUUUGUUGUGCUAAGUGAACAGUUCGAUAUUAGAAAGUGCAAGAUAUUACAUACAUAGUUAUAUAUGUAAUUAAAUUCAAAUGGCUACUACCUCAUCUAAUGUUCGUGUUCGAUCUAAAACCCUAAUUUAUUUAAUUGGGUAUUCAUCUCAUCAAAUAAUCGGGAGUAAACUGCCAUCUAAUCAUCAAGUGUUAAAGUCAUUGUUUUACAACAUUCUUGAAGUUGGAUUACCUUUUAGUGAUGCUGCAAAACUCACUCUGACGGAAGUUCUUGUGUUCUGGGAGAAAGCUAUAAUACCUUAUCAAUUACAAAACAAUGCUGUUCGCAAAGUCGAAAAAUUAUAUAACGAAUGGAGGGCACUUCAGAAGUGUUCAAGAUUGAAAACAAAACGUCAAGAGGAAAAAAAUCUUGCAUUCACAUCCAAACUGUCCGAUCUUUUUGAUGUAGCAGUGGAAGAUGUCAUUUUAAAAAUGUGUAAUCAGGAAGAUAUUAAAUUUUUGACAUAUCAGAGAAUGAAUGGACGUCCAGACCAUAUGGAAGGUAACGAUGUGAAUACAGCUCUAGCUGAACAAAGAAGAGAAGCAAGAAAAGCAAAAACAGAAGAGUGGCUAUGGCGACAGAUUUCACCAGUAAGCGCUGAAAAUGUAUGAGACAUCUCAUUGUCUUCUGAAUCAGAAGUGGAAGAAAUCACCUCGGACGAAGUAUUUACCGAUGAUGAAAAAGCCAGCAAAGCGGAGACAGCGAGUAAAAAAAGGAAAUACAGUCGUGGUUAUAAAGAAGUAAUGACGGAAAAAUUAUCAAUUUUGCUAGAUAAGUGCAAAAUUUCUGAUAGAAAUACUGUGCGAAUAAUUUUCGCAACAGCUGAAAGUCUGCGCUGUAAUGUCGAGGAAUUUGCACUUAGUAGAAGUGCUUUAAGAAAACGCAGAAUAUCCUUUCGAAGUCAACGGGCCCAGAAAAUCAAGGCGAGGUUUAAAAACUUAGACGUAGAGGGUAUUGUUGUUCAUUAGGAUGGAAAACUUUUACCUAACCUUCUUCAAAAUGUGCUGAACGGUUGGCAAUCUUGGUAAGUAAAGGAGACUAUGUACAACUACUGGCGGUCCCGGAAUUAAAGAAUUCCACAGGCGCAGAAGCUGUUAGCGGUAGUCUAGAAGAAUGGGAUAUUGGCGAUAAAAUUGUUGGUACGUGUUUUGAUACGACGGCUUCCAACACAGGUCGAAUGAAAGGCGCAUGCACCUUGUUAGAAAAACAGCUAGGUAAAAGUUUGUUGUACUUAGCCUGCCGCCAUCACAUUUUAGAAGUCGUUUUACGGUCAGUAUUUGAGUACAAAAUAGGAUCAACGACUGCUCCCCAACCUGACAUUUUUAAAAGAUUUCAAAUACAUUGGCCUAACAUAGGUCAGUCUAAAUACAUUGAAGAGGUACAGGAUGAUUCGGUAAAGAAGUCAGUGAAAGAGUUCGAAAAAGAGGUUUCGGAAUUUCUUCUCUUUCAGUUGACUGAAAAACAGCCGAGGGAUGAUUACUUAGAACUUAUUAAGUUAUGUUUAAUAUUUUUAGGAAAAGGCCCUUCUCACAAUGUUUCGUUUAACACUCCUGGUGCUUAUCAUCACACCCGUUGGAUGGCAAAAGCCAUUUACUCACUGAAAAUGUUCAUUUUUAGAGAACAGUUUUCUAUGUCCGAAGAGGAGUUCAGUUCACUAAAAGCUAUUUGUUUAUUUAUUGUUAAUUUGUAUGUGAAGAUGUGGUGUCAAGCUUCAAACGCAAUAAGUGCACCUAGUAAUGAUUUACAACUUGUUCAGAAUGUAAUUAAGUACAGACGUAUUGAUCAAGGUGUAUCAGAAAAGGUAUUGGGAAAAUAUUUACUUCACCUGUGGUAUCUGAACCCGGAACUGAUUUGCCUUAGCUUAUUUGACAAAAAUGUUUCAAAUAAAAUAAAAAGAAAAAUGGCAAAAAAGUUUUUAUCGUACACGAAUUUAACAGAAGAACGGUCUUCAAGGAUAAUGAGGGUGCAAGUUUCUGAAAAUGAAGCUGUAAACUUAUUUAAAAAUAUUUCGCUUCAGAACUUUGUUUCGGAUCAAAGCCUGGCCUUUUUCGAAUAUUUCAAAGUCAAAACUGAUUUUUUGACAGAGGACCCCAAGAAAUGGUCCGAAAAUAAAGACUUUUUGAAACUUCAAAGUUUUGUUAGGAGUAUGAAGGAGUAAACGACACGGCAGAGAGAGCGGUUAAAUUAAUUCAAGACUUCAAUAGUAUUCUUACAAAAGAUGAGGAGCAAAAACAAUUCCUGCUUCAGGUGGUAGCGGAUUGUCGUCGGGUUUACCCUGAUACUUCCAAAAGUACCCUUUCUCUACCCUUAUCUGAUGAAUGAUGUUGGAAAUAAUAAUAUAUAAAUAAAUUGAUAAAUUUUUUAUAAUUUUUGUUUUUAGUAUGAAUUUUCUUUUCCAUAUGUUUAUUUUUUAAUUAGAUUUGUUCCCAUCGUCUUUUUUGUUAAAUAUUGUACCUAUUAAUGUACGAAAACUGAAAAUGCAUAUAUAACUAAAAGAUUUUACUAAUUUCAAGCUUUUUCUAUUAUAAUAAAAUAAAGGACUUCAGUGUAUGCAUUGUUUAUGGUUAAGGUAAAGAUAGUUUCAAAAAUCGUGGAGAACCUCGAGUGUUACUGCGAAGAACUAUACUAAGGCAUUUGACACGAACUUGGUCCAUUAAAUGUUAAAUAUCUUCCAAACCAUGCAUUUCUAAAGAAAAUGUAUUCUAAUAGACUUUAAUUUCAAUAAAAUUACUUUUCAUUUGAAAUGGCAAUUUUGUCAAACUUCAAGGCCUUUUCGGCACGGGAAGGCAAAAUCCGAUUGAGCUGAAACUGUCACAAUAGUAUUUUUACACUAAAUGGCACAUUUCUAGAAGUGAGCACUUCCAAAAAUUGAAAAUUUAUUUUGAAAAAUCACCCUAAUAUACAUACAUAAGUACAUAUCGCUCAUUUACAUGAAAAGUGUCAUAAGUUGUUGUUUGAAUAAAGUAGUGAAGUGUAGUAAAAUAUUUUCUUUAGCAUAAACGUUGUUUGUGAAAAAUAUAAAAUAAUUUUUAUAGUAAAAUAUCUCGUGUUAGAAAUAAAAAUCCUGUGUUCAUGUAAAUGAGCGAUAUAUGUGUAUCUACAUUAUCUACAUACAUAUGUACAUACAUGUACAUAUGUAUGUAAGUGUACAUAAUAAUAGAAGUGUUUUAAAUUCAUUAGGUAUGAUUCAACUACAAUUUAUAAAUAAGAAUAAAUAUUUUUCUAGAUAUAUAAAGAAUAUGCUAAUGUUUUCAAAAUUCAAAAAAAGGAAAAAAUUAAGAAAAAAAAAAUUCAUAAAAUGUCAAAUGGAAAAAAUUCUGUUUGAAUUGUAAUUUGUAUGAUCAAACUUUAAACCUAAAUCAGAUUCUUUAGAUUCUUACCACUGGCUCGUUUCUAAGCUUAGAAAUAUUUCAUUCUAAUUUUAUUUUCAAAGCUUUAAAUACUAUUUUUCAAAAUAUCCUAAAUAACUAAAUUUAUGUACAUGUGUGCAUGGGCGAAUCCAGAGUAGAAUUUUGGAGAGGGAACACUUAUACGAGUAUAAUUUUGUACUUGCAACUCAAAGUCUUUUUCUUCGCAGAGUGCCACUUUUGAUGGAAAUAAUAGUGGUACUCAUUUAAUUUCGCAUGUAUGCAAAUAAUUGCGAACUUACAAAGUUGCCUCUACGGUUAAAGGAGUGCCCAAUGCCAAACAUGAUAGCAAAACUCGUACAAGUCAGCUGUUUAUUUGUUCAAAGUGAAUAUUUUAAAAUGCCGAGAGUGAGCGAAAAACAAAAACUUCUUAAAUUAUUAGAAGUAGCUGCAUUAAAUGAUUUAAUGAUUGUCGACAAUUUUUGUAAGGACGAAGAGGAGAAGACAAUAAAGGAAGAUUACAUAUUGGAGGAACUGCUGAUUGUUUUGGCCCUGGGCGAAGAAUGCAGAUACAGUGUGCCGUUUAUUCAAAAUAGUGUACCUAAGUGUAAGGAAUUCUUAAACGACGUGUUAUGGGAACUUGAUGAGACUAAAUUCAAGAAGAUUACAUGCGUAAACUGGAAAACCUUUGACUUUAUUUUAAAUUUAAUAAAGGACGGUGCGUCGUUCAACCAAAUACGUUCUUGCAAACAAUUCCCUCUCAAAACACAAUUAGCAAUCGUAUUAUAUCGCUUAGGCUCAAACGGUGAAGGCGCUACUCUGUCUAAGAUUGCUGGCUUGUUUGGAGUUAGUGAUGGUGGUAUCAUUCAGGUUAGUGCUUGUCAUUGUUUUGUUAGAUUAAUGUUUAUCUUUUUCUUUAUAUUAGAAUUUGACUGACAGAAUUUGUAAAGCACUGUUAAAGCAUAAAGAUCAGUAUCUGUUUUGGCCAAAUAGCGAUGAACGUAAAAAGCUCGUGUCAGAAACCUGGAGUGAAUUGCCAAACUGCGUGGGAUACGUCGAUGGUACUGAAAUUCCUUUGGCGGAAAACCUUCUCAAGACCCAGAAGCUUACUUUUCACGAAAGCACCAAUACUCAGUUAAAGUUCAAGCCGUUUGUGACCAUUCGCUUCAAAUAAGACAUUUAGUGUUAGGCUAUCCAGGUAGCGUACAUGAUGCACGUAUUUUAGUAACUGCGAAUUGUCGAAUGACGCCGAUGUGUUUUUUGGAGGAGCUGAAUGGAUCGCAGGUGACAGUGCAUAUAAAUUAUCGAGUACUGUUAUAACGCCAUUUAGAGAAAAUUCUAGAAAUUUAACACUAAGCCAAAGGAAUUUUUUUAACAAAACAUUCAGUAGAUAUAGAAUUCGAAAUGAACAUUGUUUUGGAAUGCUGAAGGAAAGAUUUGGUAGUUUAAAAGGCUUAAGGCCUUUGAAAAUGGUAUGAGAAAAGUUAACAAAUGGAUUCUCUGUUGUGCAUUGUUACACAACUUUAUACUCCAACAAGACGAUUAUUUCGAUUACCAACCUGAGGAAUCGGAGCACAGUAUUGACGAGUCGUUAUUUGAACCAAAUGCUCGGACCAAUGAGGGUGAGAUAAGGCGACGACAAAUCUUUGAACAAUUGUUUAAUCAAUAAAUUUCUUAUUUAAAAA